GUUUGCAACAACAACACCAGCAACAUAAUAAUAGAACUUUGCUGUUGUCAAUGGGAAAGAAUGCAAAAGUUGAAUUACAAUGAACAUUAACUGAAUGAGUUGGUUACUGCAGAACAAUUAUAUGGCAUUUGUUGACGAAAACAGCUUCUAACCGUGUAAUUGUAAAUCUGAGUUAAUAGAUCAACGUUCAUUUGCGGUAGCCGUUUUACAGAAUCAUCAAUUUCUGGUCUAAAAAUAAAUGGAGAACCUCACGAGCGAUGGCAUAAUGGACUACAACGAUUAUGAUUGGUCACCAAAUUAUGGCAACUUGCCUAUGGAGAUAAUUUUGCACAUAUUCCAAUAUUUACGUCACUCAGAUCUACAGGCCGCUGGAGCUACGUGUGUACGUUGGCGCGAAGCACUUUUCAUUGGCGAAUUCAAUCGCAACAUACAAGUUCAUUUCGCUAAAGUUUGCCUUUCUGACCGAUUACCACCGGCGAAACAUUUCCUAAAAUGUCAGAGGCCAUAUCGAUCCUUUUGUUUGGAAGAGGUUACAUUUGGUCAAGCUCAGAAUCUUUUGGAAAAAAUUGGGCACACGGCUGUUGAAAUAAUAUUUGAUAAUGCAGACAUCGGGGACAAGCAAUUCUACGCUUUUAUGCAGCAGCUGACAAAAUUGGAGUCUCUAACAGUGACUCGUUGCUCGCCACUCUUUAUGUCUGGUUCGUUUUUAGAAGGCAACACUGCAGAUGUGGCUUGCGGUUUUGCGAAUGUUCGCCACCUCUCCUUAAAGGAUAAUCAGUACCUUUCGGAUGCAAUACUUUUACGUUUGACUUCGUUGAUAAAAAAGUUGGAAUCGUUUGAUAUGUCAGGAUGUCACAUAGCAUAUCACAACGCUAUUCAUAGACGAUUUUAUCCCAAUGACUCUAUGUCAAAUAAUCCCAGCGAGUCAAUAUUAACAUUCAAAUUUAUUGCGAAAGUGGCUAACAAUCAUAGAAAGCACUUGAAAGAACUUAACCUUAGUCAUACCAUGAUGAGUGGGCCAGCAUUACAAUCUCUAGCGCCCAGUGAAAAUGAUGAGUUUGGUCUCAAUCUCGAAAAGCUGUACUUAACGGGUUGCCAACAAAUCAAUACGAGUGGGAUCAAGCAAUUUCUGCCAUCUCAGUCUAAUCUAGUAACUUUAGAUUUGGCUGACACACUUUGUGUAAACGAUGAUUGUUUGGCAUGCAUUGUAAGUUCACUGACCCAGUUGAAAGUGCUGAAUGUUGCUGGAUGUGCUGGCAUAACUAAUGCAGGAGCCAUUCUGUUGGCGGACGCAAGCCAUCUUCAAGAUUUAAAUAUAUCUCGGUGUGAUGGCAUUACAACAGAUGGACUAGCCAACGGCAUUGCCAGGCAACCAAAUCAUGUAUUACGGCGCCUCAACAUGUCCAAUCUAAUAGUUUGUGAAGAAGGCAUUAUGUGCAUAGCACGAAAUUGUCCUGAAUUAAGGGUACUGAAUGUCGGUCAUUGUGUUAAUGGGGUCACCGAUGAAUCAGUUCAAUGUAUUAUCCAACACCUCCGCUGGCUAAGAGAACUCUCACUGGAGGAUUGCUUUCGUCUUACAGAUGCAGCUCUCACCGGUAUAGACAUGUCAAAGCUGGAAAUGAAGAGUUCAGCGAGCUCCUCGUCCAUAGGUACAUUAGAAAAUUUUCAUCCGACUCCUCCAUCAUCACUGCACGAACUAGAGGCAAUCCGAUCUUCAUCGCCGCAUUCUAUGAAAAUAUCUUUGCGUAGCAAAGCCGAAGAAGAUAUUGUAAGAGAUGCUAAUCGCAAACGUGCAUUGUUUGCCGUUUACGAAUUAAAUCUAGUUGAUGAUGCCACAGUUGAUGGUUACAGCAUACAACAGCUUAGGGGCUUGCGAUCACUUAACCUAAAGGGCUGCAAUAAAAUAUCUGAUGUAUCUCUUAAAUACGGUCUCAAAUUGGUUGAAUUGCAACGGCUUUGCUUGUCGUAUUGCCAGCAAAUUUCUUCACUUGGAAUGGAAGCGUUGGUAUUAAAUUGUCCAUCUAUCGAAGAAUUAGAUUUAUCGGAUUGUUACAACAUCAAUGACAAAACAAUGCAACUGGUCACUGCCAAAUUAAAACGACUGCGUUCACUCCACAUAAGCGGUUGUUCUCAACUUACUGAGCAUAGUUUGGAUGCAAUCCUGGUUAAUUGUAAAUGCCUGCAGACUCUUUCGGCUUACCGCUGUCGCAGCAUGUAUGUGGCCAUUGAAGAUCGUCUAUCAGUUUUGCCAACAUUGCGCAAUUUAAAUGUGGAAAAUUCAAGGAAUUUUGAUAAUGGCGACAUUUUUCGAUUAAAGAAGAGGCUUGACUACUGAUAUUUUGCGGCUAUUUUUGUUGUUUUUGUAUUGUAUUACUUUCAGUUAUAUGGAUUUCACUAAUCCUCUAAAUGAGUGUGGUAUAUAGCCAUGACAAGGAGACGUCUGUAGAUGUAUAUGAAUAUGUUUGUCAUCAAUGAAAUUUGGGAGCAUAAAUACAUAGAUGUAUAGUAUUUUUUUCGGUCAGAACUUGGAAUUGUACUGAUGCUUUAACAAUUAACUGUGAUUAAAAUAUAGUAAAUAUCUAGGCCUAAAUCUAAAUAGCAAGAAUUAUUUCUACAUUUUUGUUCAUUUAAUUCAUUAUAUUUACUAAUAUGUUUACAUAUUUAUGAUCAUCGUCAUAAAUAUUAAGCUGUGUCGUAUAUUAUAAUCAUGUUGUUCUUCUGUAUAUUACUGAAAAAUUGUGCAAUCAUCAAUUGUAUUGAGAAAUAAAUGUUAAUGUGAUAACUGAACUUGUUGAUAUGUUAAUAAAAUUGUUUGGAAUUAUGAUCAUUCA